AGAAAUACUCCUUUAUAGGCUUAUACCCUUCAAAGUGGUUAGGAAAAAGACUUGAGAAGCCACAGGAUAUGGAACUAAAGGGAACAGAGAGUCAAGCUCACAUUGUUAAGUGAAAGAUAAUUUAUAUUAAUUGGGAGGUAGGGAAUCUGAUUGCAGGUUGUUGUUUUUUGGGGUUCUUUUUCGGAGUAUUCAUUUUACCAAUAAUGACAGAAUGAGUGAGACAAGGCAUUGAUUGAAAUGAUUAAUGGCUGCCAUGAGCUGCAUGGACAGAAGUUUAGACUUUGAGUUGAACUGGCUAACUCAGAGUUUAACCAAGUUCAGCACAGAAUGAAAGCCUAAAUUAACAAGAUGGAGGAACAAAUUCUUACUAGAAGGAAAGGAGGGUAUUGCUGAUUUCUUGUUAGGAAAUCAAACACAAUGGAAGAAAUGUUGAGGGGUACUAAUCUGUAUAGGAACUUUUUUCUUCUCUCACAUAGCCAAUACCUUCUUACAAAACAUCUCUAGAGAUGGGCAAAGCAGCAGUCACAGAACUAAACAGCACUCUGAAAAUACUGGCAGAUGCUGUUUCCAUCCCAUUUCACAGUCCUGAGUUUAAAAAUAAACUAAGUUCAACUGUAAAAUAUAUUUUAAAUAAACAUUUUGGGUGAUGAGAGUUACUUGAAGCUAUGAAACAAACCUCCUGAAAAUCAGGCUGUCUGUGUUGUUUGCUGGGUGUCUGAGGUUCUGUUUGUGCCCCUGUGAGCUGGCAGGUCCCUGAUGCUGAGCCCUGUGGCACAUGGAGCAGUCAGGGGUCAGAUCCUCGUGGAUAAAAGGAUGCUUUGUGGAUGUGAUGUUCUUCUGGAUCCCCUUGCAGAAAAUUCCCAACGCGCUUUGGGCCAAUCUGAUCCGGGAACGUCUGUCAAACGUGGACUGCAUCAAACAAGGAUGGAUUUUGGAAGGCUUCCCUGAAAAUCAGGAGCAGGCAUGGCUGCUGCAAUCAUCUGGCAUUUUUCCUAGGCAUGUUGUCAUGCUCUAUGCCCCAGACACUGUGCUGAUUGAGAGGAGUGGUGGGAAAAGGCUCGAUCCCCUCACACAAGAGGUUUUCCACACAACCUUUGACUGGCCAAGUGACCCCCUGGUGCAGCAGAGGUUGGUGAAACCAGAAGAUCUCUCUGAGCAGGAGGUGUCCAAGAAGCUGCUGGAAUAUCACAGAAACUUCCCUGAGAUUUUCCACGUCUACCAGAAAGUUCUGAAGUCCAUCAAUGCAGACCAGCCCUCCGUGGAUGUUCUCUCUCAGGUCCUUGCCUUUGUCCAAACCCGGCACCGCUCUGCUGCCCCCUUUACACCCCGGGUUCUGUUUCUUGGCCCCCCAGGCAGUGGGAAGAGCCUGCAGGCAGCACUAAUAGCUCAUAAAUAUGAUUUUGUCAACAUUUGCUGUGGGCAACUGCUAAAGGAAGCUGUUGCAGACAACACAAAACUUGGAGAACUCGUUAAGCCUUACAUUGACAGUGGAUGCCCAGUGCCAGACAACCUUGUCCUGAAGCUGCUGACAGAACGCCUGAGCGCCCUGGACUGCCUGAGCAAAGGCUGGGUGCUCUCUGGCUUCCCCAGGGACGUGGAGCAGGGGGAGCAGCUGCAGAAAGCACAGAUUAACCCCAACAGGGUGUUCUUCUUUAAUCUCCCCUACGAGUCCAUCAUGGAGCGCCUGUCCCAGCGGAGGACUGAUCCUGUCACUGGGGAGAGAUACCACAGCACAAUCAAACCAGCUCCCACUCCAGAGAUCCAGGCCAGGCUCAGGCAGAACCCCAAGGAUGAGGAAGAAAAUAUUGAGAAGCGCCUGAACAUCUAUUACAGCAAUGUCAAGGCCCUGGAGGAUUUUUACCAAGAUGCCUUUUAUGUCAAUGCUGACCAAGACCCUUACGUUAUCUUUGAGUUCAUAGAAAGCUGUAUCAUUAAGCCCCUUCCAUGUAAAAAACAUUAGGUGUUUACCAUUUAAAGGGAUGAUUUGUGGAAGAAUUGAUUUGAAAUUUUUCCCUGUAAUAUUUACAGUCUGGUUGCUGAAGUGGGAGGUGAUCAGCAGGGAGGGGGAAUUCAGCCAAGCUGUGCUAAAUCUGAAGUUCACCAAGGCUGAGUGAAGUACAGCGGGUAAGAAAUUGGGCUUUAGGAGAAAGUUUUUUGGCUUUUGUUUCAUGAUGCAAGAUAUAAAACACCGUGGCUGGGGAAGUCCUGUGUUUAAUUUAAAUUUUUUUUUCUGUUUCUGAGUAGUAGUUUUGUCUUCACUAUACAAGACCCAUGAAGCCAGUUUGGAGUAUUAAAGC